CUACGUAAACGGAGAGAUGAAGACAGACCAAUUAGCUAAAGGGCCAUAUAAAUUAAGUAGUAUGUAUAUAUGAAUGGUAAAAUAAGAAUCCAAGGAUGGAUGCCUCGUGAAAAUAUUAAUAAUGAGAUUGUCUCAUUAUUAUCAAUAUCAUGCGGUUUCUUUGCAAAGCAACUAUGGAAUGAUAAUUCUACAAUAUCUCUUUACCUACUUAUAUUAUUUCAAACGAUAGUGACGUUAAAGAAAAAUUAAAGGAGGGAAAAUAUAUUUUAGCAUAAAUAAUAGUGCAAUAUUAAAAAAUAAAACUUGGGGAUAAACUUUCACAGUUUUUACACUGUAACUGAGCGAUGAGAUAAAUAUGAAUCAAACAAUGAAUCUUGGACAACUAUAUCUGAGAACCAAUUCUGAAAUAGACAUCCAAAUUAGGCGAAAAGAAAAUGCCAUUCGAAUAGAUUCAAUUAUAGAUAACUUUAAACUAAGAAUAGGAAUAAGUUCAAGAUAAAUACAAGCACUAACAAAUGGAGUAUGUUCGAAUUCAAGUAAGCCGUAAGAAAUUCUCAUUGUAUAUAUAGAUAUCUACAACUCACUCCAAACCCCACACACAAUACAAAUAUAAUCAUAAAACUCACCUCUUCCCAGAUGCAGUACUACGAAACCCGUGCGAAAGAAUACUACGAUGUGGCUCAAGGUCAGAGCCGCCAGAGCUAUGGCCAGAACCACCAGGGAUAUGGACAGAGCCAAAGUCGCCCAGUAUAUGGGCAUAGUCCGACUCUGAACUACCGUAGCCACGGUGGGUUUCUUGAUGGGUUAUUCAAGGGUAAAAAUGGUCAAAAGGGUCAGAACGGCUUAGGGUCGUUUAUAGGGAAACACAAGAACCAAGAUACUAACAAGGACCAUGAACAUGGGAAGCUCUUAGGACAGCACGAGAAGAAAACUCAAGAGACAAACAAAGGUGUUAAUGGCCUAGGAAUGUUUAUAAACUGUGGAGAGAAAAAACUUAAGAAGCAAAAUGAGCACAAGAAGAAGAAGAAGAACAAGGAUGGGCAUGCCAGUGGCAAUGAGAGUGGAAGCAGCAGCGGUAGCGACAGCGACUAAAUCAAAUACUUCCAUAAACAUGAUGCUUCUAAGGGAUACUAUAUAAACUAUAAAGUAACUAGACGUAUUAUUUUGAAUAAAAAGCCACUUAGGUGGUUGUUGUCUCUGUGUCCCAAAUAGUUUCACUACUACGAAUAUACUUUAAUGCAUUUGUUUCAAAUCCAA